AAAAUGACUAAAACGGUGCGUUUGGCUGCUUAGGUUUUAGAGCUUUUCAGCAACUGGAAAUGGUGCUCUGAGACACUGUUCUCUGUUCUUUCUUUACAUUUCCACACGCAUCUCUCUACCAAUUUCCAACUCUCCCAAACUGCAACCAUGACCGACUAUACUCAAGAACAGGAGAUGGAGAUCGAAGCAUUAGAAGCUAUACUUAUGGAUGAAUUCAAAGAAAUACACUCCGGUGAAAGUGGCCUAAGUACUUCUAACCGCUGCUUCCAAAUAACGGUCUCUGCCCAGGAUGAUGAUACUGAUGGAUCAUUUAACAAUCCAGCUCAACUGGCUUUGAUCUUCUCACAUACAGAAAAGUAUCCUGAUGAACCUCCUCUUCUGAAUGUGAAAAGUUUACAAGGAAUAAAUACUGAAGAUUUAAAGAAUUUGAAAGAGAAACUUAUCCAAGAGGCAUCUGAAAAUCUGGGAAUGGCUAUGAUCUACACUCUGGUUACCUCGGCUAAAGAGUGGUUGGCUGAGAAGUUUCAAGACACUGAAGCUGCAGAGGCUGAAGCAGAAGAGGCAGCCAAGGAUGAUGUAGUGGUACCCCAUGGGGAACCAGUUACCCUUGAGACAUUUUUGGCAUGGAGAGAAAGGUUUGAAGCUGAACUGGCGCUGGAGCGAGCCAAAAUACUACCAGUUAUUUUUUUCCCCUUACAGAAAGGUGCAGCGGCUGUCAAUGAGGAAUCUGAAGAGGAGGAUGAGGAAGAUAUUGAUUUUGAUGAUGACGAUUUUGAAGUUGAUGAAGAGGAUAUGCUUGAACAUUACCUGGCCGAAAAAUCUGAUUCAUCCACACAUUCCUCCAAGAGAGCUAGUUAAACUGUGUGCACAGCACUAUCAGGCAUUGUUUUACAAUUCAACUUGCCGACUUUGGGGAUUUUCUGCCAUCCUUGUAGGAUACAAAAGUAUUUGAUUCAAUGAUAUUAUUUAGGGGGAAAUGAGUAUUCAUCACAAAAUGUUAGAUGUGUGACAUUUCCUUUCACUAAAAGCAGAUUUCAAUCUGAUAAAUCAUUUUUGUUCGUAGUUGUCGGUUGUCAUCCUUGAAUUUUUAUAAAAGCAUUAGUAGCCGAUGGAUGCACAAACAUUCAACUCAUCAACUUGAAGUAAAAGAAAUUGGAUGCAUUUGAUCCAUUGUGAAUGUGUGUAUCAAUGUAAAAAUGUUUCUGUUAAAAACUUACGAAUCCUUGUUUGUUCUUUUUGUUUA